UGUGUGCUUCUAUUUUUAGAAACUAGAUGAUGGACAUUUAAACAACUCCUUGGGCUCUCCAGUUCAAGCCGACGUGUACUUCCCACGACUGGUAGUUCCAUUUUGUGGGCACAUUAAAGGUGGCAUGAGACCAGGCAAGAAGGUGUUAGUAAUGGGCAUCGUUGAUGUCAACCCGGAGAGCUUUGCUAUCAGCUUGACCUGUGGUGACUCGGAAGAUCCUCCUGCUGAUGUGGCAAUUGAACUCAGAGCUGUGUUCACAGAUCGGCAGCUCCUCAGAAAUUCUUGUGUAUCUGGUCAAAAGGGUGAAGAACAGUCAGCAAUCCCUUACUUUCCAUUCAUCCCAGACCAGCCAUUCAGGGUGGAAAUUCUCUGCGAGCACCCACGUUUCAGAGUGUUUGUGGAUGGACACCAACUUUUUGAUUUUUACCAUCGCAUUCAAACGUUAUCUGCAAUUGACACCAUAAAGAUAAACGGGGACCUCCAGAUCACUAAGCUUGGCUGAUGUUGUUUAAACCACCUCUAUUUCAAGUAGGAUCAGGUGCCACAACUAUGGGUCUGGAAGAAGUGUCUUAGCAAGAUCUGAAGACUUAAAAAGAAAACAAACAAAAGGCAAGCUUCACAGUCUCUUCUUUCUGUGCAGUUUAAACUCAAAAUGACAACUUCAACCAUGGUUUGCCCUUAGGAAGCUGUCGGAACAAAGACACCGAGCCAUUAUUCCUAGAACAAAGUAAUACAUUUAUGCUGGAUUUUAUUCAGACUAAACCGAAAUGCAUUUGUGAUGAUUUGUGAUUUGGUAGCAAGUUAUUCAUCUUUUCAAAGCAAGGUGAUGUUUAGAAACAAAAGUGCUAAAGAUUUAAAACAGCAACAACAAAGAUUAUACACUGAAAUCAACUCAUUUCUGCACUGAAGUAGAAUUGCGUAGCACAACCAACAUUUUAGUCAGGGUACUUAUAUAGAAUAUAGAUUGUUCAAAGUUUGUUUGGUGGUUUUUGUUUUUGGGGGGGCGGUUGCACAGCAUAAUGUUAAUUCAGAUUUUAAAGCUUUCUCAUAUUUAUUUAUACUCAGUGUAUGUAUUAGAGAAUGAUUAAUGUCUCAAAAACAGCAAGUUAUGAACUUUUGAAUGUACGAAUAUCUUAUGAGGGGGAAAGUACAUAUUACAGCCAUGAAACAGGCGAAUUUCUACCUUAAAAAAUUGAGUCAUAUCCAGACCCCUAAACUUCAAAUCUCUUGAUAUAAAUUGCUGUAAGUGCUUUUGGGAAGACUUUGCAACAUUUCGAUAAAACUGCUUUUCAAGUUAUUGACAAUUAUGUAAAAUUCUGUUUACAUUGCUUUUUCUCCUUACUGUGAAUUAGCACAGUAUUGGCUUCCUUAGGACUGACUAGCUACUUUUUCUUAGAUUUACAUAAUAGCUCAUUAAAUUGCUAUUAAACUAAUUGACAACAUAUAAGAGGUGAUUGCAUAGACAACUUUUAAAUGACUAUUAUAUAAACUUUUAAGAGUAUAAUAUGAAAUUAAUUCUGGAAUGUAAUGUAAAGUAGAAGCAAAUGUCCCCAAAUAGCUACUUGCAGAUAAUUUAUAUCAUCUUAAGCUAUUCCAUUCAUUGUAUCACUUUUAUUAUGUGACCCUCACCAGUAUCCCUAAGCAAUGCCUUUGCAACUUCAGAGUAUAGGAUGCUUCCUACUUUGUUGGUUCUGCUGAGAUACUAGGAUAAGACAGGAUCCAGAUUAGGAAAUGAUCCAAUUAGUUUUUCUGAAAGGUUAACUCCCAGAACUCCAGGUCUUUGAGUGAAUGCUUCUAAUUAAGCUGUAGGAGUUUCCCUGCACUUGUGGAACUGAUCAGACAGCAGAGUGUCUCUAGGAGGAGCCUGCACCAGUGUAAAUGUCACUGAGAGGCAAGGGAUAAGUGGAGCCCUGGGUGCUGGACUUCCCAAAUUGCAUUGGUCCUGGAGAGAAAGACCCUUGUCAUUGCUUUGGUCAGGUAGUAUAGGGUAGGGGGAAAUGGGGUACUGGGUGGGGGUGUAUUUAUAUAUAAUUUAGGUUUUAUUUGUGUAGCAUACCAUGUCUUGUUAUGACAUGUCCUUGUCCUGCUUUGCUUUUGAGUUUUUUUACACAACAUGCAGAGGCACUGAAGUGGCCACGUCAUUUACACGUGUCGAGAUUAUAGACAGUGUUUCAGUACCAAAGUCUAAGAAGAGGCAAACUAAAAUUGUGAAUUUUUUAUAGGUGAUAUAUUUGGAUUCUUCUCAACUUUGAAACUGUUUAGCACAGUUCCAUUGUGUUAUAUAAGAAGAUGCUUUAUCCAACAAGACUGAGCAUUGAAAAGCUUUAUGGACCAGCUGACUUAAUCAGCCAUAUUCAGUCAAGAGGGCUCUUCUGUGGCUCCAGGUAUUUUCAAGCCUGUGAUUAACUUCUCAUGACUUGUAAAGCCACUAGAUUUUGAGGAGUGUUUGUAGAGAGACUUAGAGGGCACCCAGAAACAUAUUUGUAGGGGUUUCGAUUCUACUUAUGGUGGAAGUCCCUCAGAGGAGGUUUCCUUUGAGAGGCCAUCCAUUCCAACCCACUGCAUAAUUCAGCAGAAACUAGAGGAGCUGGGAGUAUAACUGAUUGGAAUUGACACUCCGUACUCUCUACCUAUCAGCUAACUGGUUAGCAGCCAAGACUUUAGGUAGCUUAGUGUUAACUCUUCAUUUCUCUGUGAGGUCAGUGGAAACCUCUUGGUUAAGCCUAUUGGAAUUAAUCUAAAUAAUGUGAUGGUUUGAUUUAGAUAUCGCUAAAUUAGCGGGGCCGAAUCUAACUGUACUAUUUGUUAGCUACAAACCGGAAACAAUGUUCACAUCCUCUCAGGCAUGAGGUCUAAGGUGGGAAUUCAGGAUCUAAAGUGCAAUUUAAAGCUUCACAGGAAAGCGUUUGGGUAUGUAAGGAGUUAUUUCUGACCAGAGCCCUCAUUUUGCAAUAUGACCAAAACCAAGGAGUAUAACUAACAAUCAGGCUCUGGGGGAAUAAAAGGCAGGCUUUAGACAAUCUGUCCAUUUCUGCAUCAAAAUUGGAAUGAGUGUGUAUAUCUACUUAAAAGUUAAUAGAAGUGACUUCUUCCUGGGCUAUCCCAGAAUUGUCUUAAAAUCAUUAUUUUUUUAAAUUUGAAACUCCAUUUCAGAUAUUGCCAACCUCAGCUCAAAACCCCCUAACAGAUCACUCUUAGAAUUGAUGGUGAUUUGUUAAAAUGGCAAAUCCUUUCAUUUGUAUUAAAAAGAAAAUAUCCAGAAAGAGGGAGGAAGCCCUGUUGCCUUGAGAGAAACAGCCUUGGCAUUUUCUGGCAUUCAUGUAGAAAUAAUGUUCCUCUGAUGAGAUAUUUUCAAAGAAACACUUUCUUAUUUACUGUGUGGUGUAAAAUGUGCUAAAUGUGUUCUUACAUUAUUAUGUCACUGCUGAAAGUUAUUUGCACUAUAAUAAAGGAAUUUUCUACAAAAUG